AACUCUGUUUUCAUAUCAACUAAUAACCAACUAUCCAUUCUCUUUCUUUUUUCAUAUCAACUAGAGAGAACCAAAUAUGAAGCCAAUCUCCGAUAUCAACGAAAGUUUUGAGAAGCAGCUGAAGUAUUUAACUUCAGAUGUGAAGCAAAUACAAGACAACUUGUUAGAGGAGAUAAUCACACCCAACACCAAAACAGAGUACCUCCAACGUUUUCUCAUCGGUAGGUUCGAUAAGGAUCUUUUCAAGAAAAACGUACCGAUCGUGACAUAUGAAGAUAUUAAGCCUUAUCUGGAUCGUGUCGUUAAUGGAGAGUCAUCCGAUGUUAUAUCGGCUCGACCUAUUACCGGUUUCUUGCUAAGUUCGGGAACUUCUGGAGGAGCACAAAAGAUGAUGCCAUGGAACAACAAGUACUUGGACAACUUGACUUUCAUCUACGAUCUUCGUAUGCAAGUUAUAACCAAGCAUGUGAAAGGUGUGGAAGAAGGAAAAGGGAUGAUGUUUCUCUUUACUAAACAAGAAUCCAUGACUCCUUCUGGCUUGCCUGCUCGAGUCGCAACCAGCAGCUAUUUUAAGAGUGACUAUUUCAAGCACCGGCCAUCGAACUGGUACUACUCGUACACGAGCCCUGAUGAAGUCAUCUUAUGCCCUAACAACACCCAAAGUCUGUACUGCCAUUUGCUCUGUGGCUUAGUCCAAAGAGACGAGGUUGUGAGAACGGGUUCCAUCUUUGCUUCAGUCAUGGUCCGAGCCAUCGAGGUUCUUAAGAAUUCUUGGGAGGAGUUGUGUUCAAACAUCCGAUCGGGCCAUCUCAGCAACUGGGUCACAGACUUGGGUUGUCAAAGCUCUGUUUCUUUGGUCCUUGGAGGGCCACGUCCUGAAUUAGCAGACACGAUUGAAGAAAUAUGCAACCAAAAGUCUUGGAAAGGUAUAGUCAAAAGAUUGUGGCCAAACACCAAAUAUAUCGAAACUGUUGUUACCGGUUCAAUGGGACAGUACGUUCCCAUGUUGAACUACUAUUGUAACGACUUGCCUCUCGUUUCAACAACUUACGGUUCUUCAGAGACUACCUUUGGGAUCAAUCUAGAUCCUCUGUGCAAACCUGAAGAUGUUUCUUACACUUUCAUGCCCAACAUGUCUUAUUUUGAGUUCAUACCAAUGGAUGGAGACAAUAACGAUGUGGUCGACCUUGAAGAUGUGAAACUUGGGUGCACUUAUGAACCCGUGGUCACAAAUUUCGCCGGCUUGUAUAGGAUGAGAGUGGGAGAUAUUGUAUUGGUGACUGGUUUCUACAACAACGCGCCUCAGUUUAAGUUUGUAAGAAGAGAAAACGUCGUCUUAAGCAUCGAUUCUGAUAAAACUAACGAAGAAGAUCUGUUUAAGGCUGUGAGUCAAGCGAAGCUCGUACUCGAGUCAUCAGGUCUCGAUCUGAAAGACUUCACCAGUUAUGCUGACACCUCAACAUUUCCCGGUCACUACGUGGUUUACUUGGAAGUAGAUACCAAAGAGGGAGAGGAGAAGAAGACGGCACAGUUUGAGCUCGAUGAAGAGGCACUCUCCAUGUGUUGUUUGGUAAUGGAGGAGUCGCUUGAUAAUGUUUACAAGAGAUGUCGAUUCAAAGACGGAUCGAUCGGGCCUCUGGAGAUAAGAGUGGUGCGUCAAGGAACGUUUAUUUCUCUCAUGGACUUCUUCAUCUCACAAGGUGCUUCCACUGGGCAAUACAAGACUCCCAGAUGCAUUAAAUCAGGGAAAGCCUUGCAAGUACUGGAGACAUGUGUGGUAGCCAAAUUCUUCAGUUCUUGAUUGUUCUUCCUUCCCUGGAUUACAGGUUCAAGUGAUUUGUUUUUUGUUUUGUUUUUUUUCUUUUUGAUAAAAGGGUAUGGUUCAAGUUAUUUGUUGUGAUUUCAGUGUGUACUAAUCACAAUUAGUGAGAAACCAUUUGAGAAAAAUGGAGAUGCUCUAAUUUGUCUGAAUGUUUGUUUAUAUUUUCUAAUAUAUAAUAUUGAUUCAGUC